CAACAUCCUCGACUUCGCGCUCACUCUCAACUACAUCUUCAACGCACACUCAUUACAGGGAGGAGACGCUGUCCACCAUGGGCAUCCAAGGCCUCCUCCCCCUCCUCAAGGAGGUGCAGCAGCCGCGCCACAUAUCUGACUUUCGAGGCAAGACUCUCGCGGUUGACGCGUAUGUCUGGCUUCACAAGGGCGCGUUCGGGUGCGCCGAGGACCUCGUAAAGGGCCGCAAAACGACAAAGUUUGUGGACUAUGCCAUGUUUCGCGUGCGCAUGCUGCAGCACCACAACAUCAGACCCUUUGUCGUCUUUGAUGGUGGUCCGCUGCCCGCUAAGCGCGGCACUGAGGACUCGCGCGCCAAAUCACGCGCUGAUCAUCUCGCCCGCGCGAGAAGCUACGAGGCGCAGGGGCGCGCCAAGGACGCGCGCGACGCGUACACCAAGUGUGUAGACAUCACGCCCGAGAUGGCUUACCAGCUCAUCAAGGCGCUUCGUGCAGAAGGUAUCGACUAUGUCGUGGCGCCAUACGAGGCCGACGCGCAGCUGUACUACCUCGAGCGAGAGGGUGUCGUCGAUGGCAUCAUCACAGAGGACUCUGAUCUUCUCGUGUUCGGCUGCAAGACAGUCAUCUUCAAACUCGAGAAGGACGGGUCGUGCGUGUCGAUCGAGUCUAGGCGCUUUGGCGAGGUGCGAGAAUUAGACCUGACCAACUGGACCAACCUGCAGUUUCGCCGCAUGGCCAUGCUGUCGGGAUGCGAUUAUCUCCCAUCAAUUCCAGGAAUCGGAGUAAAGAAGGCGCAUCGGCUGCUCCGGCGCUGCAAGACCGUCGACAAAGUCUUGAAGUCUCUCCGACUCGAGGGGGCACAUCUCAUCCCACCCACCUACGCCAAAGACUUUGAGCGAGCCGAGAAGGCCUUCCUUUAUCAGCGCGUUUUCUGUCCCCACGAGCGCAAAUUGGUCCUACUCAAUGAGCCACAUGAGGAGCUCAGCGAAGACGACCAGCAGUGGGUCGGUUUAGAUGUGGAGAUUGAGAUCGCUCGUGGGAUGGCCACUGGAGAUCUCCACCCAGAAACGCGGACACCCAUCGACGACCUCUGGCCCCACUUCCAGCCAACACCACGGAAAGGCAAGGGUCUUGUCGCCGGUUCCGGCGGGACACUCGAUGCUUUCAUCAAGCGGAUUCCGCGCACGAAGUCGACACCAGCAUUGCGGCCAAGUCACCCACGCAUCGGCGGACUGGCCAACGGGCCCACCAGGAUGUCAGACCUCCCAAGUCUCACUCCCAAACCUCUGCGCAAAUACAAUUCUGAGCCAGCCCCCAUCCCCCCGCCACAAGCCAGUGCUGGAACGAAGAGCAAGUUUUUCGCCAGGAAGGUUCAGCCUGUUGUUGAGGAGCCGGCAGAGGUCAUCGACCUGCUGUACGAGGACUCGACACAGGUUGCGUCUCCACCUCGGCUUGAGCGCGAGGCCACUCCCGAGGAUAUCCCUUCGCCCAUCCAGCGACACCGCUCGCUCUCACACAUAUCUACCAUUUACAACUCACCAGCCGCGGAGCGAUUGGAUCUUCAGGAAGACGCCGACGACGAUGACGUUCCCUUCACGUCCCCUGUAUCCGUGCACUCUGGCUUUGAUACCAUCCCAGGCUCAACUCCGCGCAAGAGCAAGGACUUCGUCGACGAGGCUGAGCCACCUCGGCCGGAACCUUCGUCGCCGACCCCGACUCAGCGCUCGCGCUUGUCGCAAUGGCUUGUUCCCCCCACACUGCCCGUCUCACAGGCUGCCGCGACGAUAGCCUCGUCGCAGAGAUCAGACUGGUCGGAGGAGGAGUACGGACCAGAAGAUUAUGUCGUCUGCGCGCCUCUGCGGCCCGUCACAAGUGUGCUCGUUCCGCCAUCCUCGCCAUGGCCGAGGUCUGUCCAGCCCGCGAGGGCCAUACAGAGCCACCUCUCAUCCGAGUCGGCACCGGACGACGAGAUUGUCACGCCGUCACCUUUGAAUGGAUCUAAGCGACGGAGACCAGUCGAAGACUUGGACCCAGCCGAGCAAGCUCGAGAAGCACGUGCGAAGACUGUGGCCGCUGGGUGGCGAGAGAAGUACGCUCUCAAGGCAACAUCCUUCACCCCUCCUGCGCGCCGAACCGGCGGCCGCCCCUCGGUCCCCGGCUUCCCCGUGACUGCCAUGUCGAACGCAUUGAGUCCGCUGUCCAUCAAUAUUCCUCGCGAGUACGAGACACCGAAGGCCGCUGCACCAGCGCCUUUCCCAGCCAAGUUGCGGCACGUUGAGGCGCGCCGCCAGCCUGUUCCAGCGGCUAAACCGAGUCCUCAGCCGUUCGGCGUGUCGGGCUCGACGCUGGAGCGAUUCCGCUACAAGAGACAGUGAAGACGCUACCGACCGAGGCGCGAUUGUAUGUAUCAGUAUUCUGUAUUCGUAGACCAUGCAUGCAUGAUUAUACACUUGGGA